AUAUAUAUAUAUAUGCACAUAUAACCCAUCAGGUUUUAACUCGUAAGGUCCCAAAUCUAUCUCUCGCCUUUCUUUAAUUAGGGUUGCGUUUUGGUCUUCGUCUCUCACUGUGUAUUUAGGGUUUUGUUCGACUCGCAAUUGCGUAAUUUUGGGCUUUUUCUACAAGUCUCUCUCUCUAUAAACAGUACACAUCGAAAUUUUUGAUCUUUUGGUUUAGAUCCUAUUAGGGUUUCGAUUCUCUCUUUCCCGCGAAUCUUGAUCUUGAAGCUAGGAUUUUUUAUUCGUUCCCUGUUCAAGUUGGGAUAAAAGGGGGUUGAUUUUGGGUUUUGAUUGGGGAAUUUGAGUUUUGGACAAUUUGACUGCGAAAACAAUGCCUCCGAGGAUGGUGAAGAGAGGUUCGGCAGCGGCCGGAACGAAGAGGACAACGAGAGUCACCAGGGGGACGCCCAAGGCUCAGAGCCAGGCACAGGCUGAGGCUCCCGAUGAUGUGCCGGUGGUGGAAGCUAAAGAGGAUCUUAAGGUUGAAGAGGUUAAGGAGAGGCCAAUUGUGGCGGAAAAUCCGGUUGUUGAGAAGAAACCCACUGUUAUCGAUCAGCCAGUACUUUCAGAGAUUGAAGAUGAUGCAAAAUCAGAGCUGAAUGGAUUAAAAAAACAAGAUAAGGUUAAGGAGUCUAUGGAUGAUUAUGAAAAAGAUGAACGAUUAGAGCUGGAGGAUAACGAAGCUGAGUAUGAACCUGAAGAAGAUGGUGGGGUUGAUUAUGAUGAGAAGGAAAUGGAACAAGAGGAUGUCCAAGAGGUUGAAGAUGAAGGAGAUGAAGAACCUCUGGAGAAUUUAGGUGAAGAAGAAGGUGAUAUGGCUGAGGAGGAAUUGGAAGAUCCCAAUGAAGAACUUGAGGGUGAAGAGUAUGAGGAGCAUGCUGGUGAGGAGCAUGAGCAUGAGCAUGAGCAUGAGCAUGCAGAGACAGUUGACGAAGAAGAGGAGCACCAUGAAGUUGUAAAGGAGAGACGAAAGCGUAAGGAGUUUGAGGUAUUUGUUGGUGGUCUAGACAAGGAUGCAAGUGAGACUGAUCUUAAGAAAGCUUUCGCCAUAGUUGGUGAAGUUACUGAGGUCAGGCUGAUGAUGAACCCUCAGACUAAGAAGAACAAGGGAUUUGCAUUCUUGCGUUUUGCAACUGUGGAACAAGCAAAACGAGCUGUUACAGAGCUUAAACAUCCAGUGAUUAAUGGAAAACAGUGUGGUGUUACUCCAAGUCAAGACAGUGAUACCCUUUUUCUGGGGAACAUAAGCAAGACAUGGACAAAGGAUGCUUUGCGAGAGAAGUUGAAACAUUAUGGAGUAGAUAAUGUUGAGGAUCUCACAUUGGUCGAAGACACUAACAACGUGGGAAUGAAUCGUGGCUUUGCUUUUUUGGAAUUUUCAUCUCGUUCAGAUGCCAUGGAUGCUUUUAAGCGACUUCAAAAAAGGGAUAUAGUGUUUGGAGUUGAUAGGCCUGCAAAAGUUUCUUUUGCAGAUUCCUUCAUUGACCCUGGUGAUGAAAUCAUGGCACAGGUUAAAACUGUCUUUGUGGAUGGCUUACCUGCUUCAUGGGAUGAGGAUCAUGUCCAAGACCUUCUGAAGAAAUAUGGGGAGGUUGAAAAGAUUGAGCUUGCGCGGAACAUGCCCUCUGCUAAGAGGAAAGAUUUUGGUUUCGUUACAUUCGACACUCAUGAUGCUGCAGUGACAUGUGCUAAAAGCAUUAACAAUGCUGAGUUAGGUGAAGGAGACAACAAGGCCAAAGUUAGGGCGAGGUUAUCAAGACCGCUUCAGAGAGGUAAAGGAAAACAUGUUGGGCGCGGAGAUUAUCGGCCUUCAAGGGCUGUUGGACGAGUUGUUAGGGGUUCUUGGGGUCGCCCAACACCUCGUUCUCUCCCUCCCCUGCGUGGAUUAAGGGGAGUUGGAAGUCGAAUCCCACCAGCCAGCGUGAAGAGGCCUGUUGGGUUAAGAGAAAGACGCCCUGCAAUGUCACCUUAUCCAGCAAGAGGCAGGCCUUUGCCUCCUCCAGCUAGGUCCUAUGAUAGGAGGCCACCUGUCCCAGCAUACCCAAAGAGCAGCUUCAAGAGGGAAUAUGGUAGGCGCGAUGAGGUUCCUCCUCCAAGGAGCAGAGUAGCCACUGAUUAUGGCUCAAGGGCUGUUCCAGAGAGACGCCAAUCAUAUAGAGAUGACUAUACCCCCCGUGGUCCUGGCUACUCUGAUCCACCAAGAAGUACCUCUCGUACAGGAGGGAGGAGAGCUUAUGUUGAUGAGGGUUAUGGACAAAGGUAUGAAAGGCAUCCUCCCCCUUCUCAUCCUCCUCCAAGUUACCGUGAAGGUCGUGCUCGUGAUUAUGAUUCUAUUUCUGGUUCAAAGCGUCCAUACUCUGCACUGGAUGAUGUUCCUCCUCGUUAUGCUGAUGCUGGUAUUCGCCAAUCAAGGGCACGGUUGGACUACGAGUAUGCAAGUGGUUCUCAGUAUGGAGAUGCCUAUAGUGAUAGAAUGGGGAGAUCUAGUUUAGGAUAUGGAAGCAGCAGAACAAGUCAGGAUUCACAUGGACUUUAUAGCAGUCGUCAGGGCAUGGGCUAUGGAGGAGGUUCUUAUGGUGGUAAUGAUGUUGGUGGAAUGUACUCAUCAAGCUAUGGUGGUGAUUAUAUGUCUCGUGGCAGUGAUGUUGGAGGUAGCUCUUACUCAUCAAUGUACUCUGGCCGUGGUGUGGGUGGAAGCAGUUAUAUGGGUUCAGGCGGUUCUGGCUCGUACUACUGAGAUCUGACAUGAGCAAGAGGAUGCUGUAGGAUGUGGACUGUAUGAAGCUUUUGCAUUAUGAUGCCUACAGUUAUGGACAGAGAAUUUCCCUAAGAGCCUCUGUAUGUGCUGAGAAUCUUUCAUUGUAUACGAUAGGGUGGUUGUUGUGGUUCAAGCCCUCUUGGAUAUCCACAGAUUGGAUGCUAUGUCAGGCUGUAGUUAUUUUGCUGCAAGGAAACUCAAGCUGUUCAGAGAUUAAACAUACAAGUGCUUAGUUUAUGAUAUUUCGUCUAAUAUAUCUCCUAUAAGAACUUCACCUGAUGGAAAGCUUGGAGUCAUGCUGCAUCCUUUGUUCUUAUGAAUAGUAGAUUAUAACAAGAGAAUGAGGGGUUUUCUUAAUGUGACUCUUAAGGUACUUUGGAUAUUUUUUUGUGCUGAAUCCUUUGGAAAGGUUUUGGGUUUCAAUAAUAAAAGCGAAAUAUGGUCAUUUCACACCAGUUAAUCAUUUCAGUUCCAUAACAAUGAAUAAAACCCUCAGUGGGUUAACUAGGAACUGAAGGCUAUAAGGAACUGUGUAGCUUGCUUGGAAUUGUAUGAGAUUGGGUCCGAGAAGGUUGACCUGGAAUCUCUUGCCUGUGUGCGAGUUUUAGUAUUGGAGUGAGUUAAAUUUGCAUUUUGACAUAUUUAUUGGUUGUUAAGGUCUGGGAAUCAUAUGCUUGGUUACAGUUAGGUACUGUAUCCGAACUUAAUGGGAAAUUACAAACAAGGAUGGGUAGAAGCAAGGUUCAAAUGGCAUACUAUAAUUACUAGAUUUCAUUUCAUUUCUUAAGGAGAGUUGACCUGUCAGUUGAAUAAAAUUAUAUCUGUUUAUCUUAGUGAAAGUGCUUUUAGUUGCUUGCAAACCUUGACCAAGAACUUUUGAGAAUCGGUGACUAAUUGAACUGAGUACACAAUAUGGACAAGUGGAAGGGCUGACAAACAUAAAUUGUUUCCAUUGCUACGCUUCCUACGAACAGAAACAGCACUGUUGAAACUUCAUAAUCUGGAUCGCAAAUAGUUGAUUUUGUGCUACUGAUGCCAAAAAAGGGUCUGCAAUUGGUAAAUAUCCCACUUUGUACCCAUCUUAAUGUGGAAUAUCCCAUACUAAAUGUGGGAGUAUCAUUUUUGGACUUUGCACACGCCACAGGUCCACACAGGAGUAAAUUUGGUUAGAACUCCUUUAUUAGCAAUCCUUGCAGAUUAAAAGCUUCUGAAGCUUGGAGGUAACUACUAAUACCUGCCUCAUGCUUGGCCUUGUAACUUACUGAUUGUUCAUUAGGGUUGCUUAUCAAGGUCAUGACAGCUAGUUCUUUUCAGUCUUGAUCAACUUAUUCUCAUUUCUCAAGUAGCUAGGGAAUUCUUUAUGGUUCAAAGUUGUAUUGCUGCACAGGUUUUGUUUUGGUAGGUUUUCUAUGUACCAAUCCUGUCGGGAUUUGAAUGCCAACCGAAUGCUGGGUUGGAUUUCAGUAGGUGCAUGUACUUUUUUGUCAAAAUUUCAGGCAAGAAAUAGCUAUAAGAGAGUUAUGUUUUCUUUAGGGAAAUACAAAUUGCCUGUAUGUUCGAAUUUUUGUUAUUGGGUUUCUAGGUUUACAGAUGUACACAAGUUGUGUUGCUGAAACUUAGACUCAGUUGCAAGCAAAGUCCUUUGUUCUUGGUAAA